AUGUCCCCAGCCCCCCCCGGAACCACCCAGCCACUCAGACCCCGAACCCCAGCCCCGUUACCCAGUCCGCCGCCCGAAGUAGCCACCGACCCCCAACAAAAAGGACCCAGCCACAAGCGCCCAAGCGGCCAAGAAUGCGGCCCCACUCCAAACAAAGGAGAAGACCAGCCAGCCCAGCACAACCAAAAUACGCCACACAAAGGAGGGCACAUGACCAGCACGCCCAGCCACCCCCGAACCCACGGGGCAGAGCCAACAGAGUGCCCAGCCCCCGAAGCCCGGCAGUCAAGCAGACCCCACGAUGCACCACCCCGCCCACUACCAUGCCCAAGGGAAAGACACCGGCCCAGCAAGCCGAAGGGCGCCACAGAAAGGCCCCAGCACACGGAGCAAAGAGGUCACACCCCCAUCCGGAGACGCAGACCCACCUACAUCCAGGUCAGCCAAGCAAAAACGAUAGAGCCAAGCCAGACCGCAGAUCCCCCCGAGCCAGCACCACAGCAACACCACCCAUCCUUCUGUGCAUUCGUAGGGGCAUGGCGAGGACCACUAACCCCAAGCACACCGAACCCACCAGGAGCCAUCCAGCAAACGAGCAAACCCCACCCCAGUAUGAAGCCUAGAUGCCCGACGCACAGCGACGCCCGCCCUGCCGCACCCACGCCCGCAGAUCAGAGCCGCCGCGCACAGGACCACCACCCCAACAAAACAGCACGCCAUACAGUGGAGGAUGAAAUGCAGCAAAGAGCACCCAAAGCAAAAGCUGCACACAAAGCCCACACUGCGCAAAUGUGCCCCCACCAGCCCCCCAAAAACAAAGCCCCCCAUGAAAGUGCACCCCCACGAAAAGAAGACCCGCACCAUCCAGGUCCUAGAACAUGCCCGACACCCAUACCCCUGCCAGAAGCAGCCCCGCAAAAGGACCCAGUCCGUGGCCCACAAAAGGCAAGAGAGCCCACAGAGCCAAAACCAAAACCCAUCCGGAAGCCGAGACCAAUCCACCCCGAGACCUCCCCGGCCAGCCUGCACACUCGGACCAUGCAGACCCCUCCGAACCCCCUCCCCCAGACAGAAAAGGGACCGGCGUCAGUAACCGGAACCAAGACAAGGAACCAGAAACCAAGCCUGGCCCAAAACCAAACAACGUCCCCAACCAUCCAAGCCCAACCACCCCACCCCAGAAGGAAACUUACACCCAUCCCAACAUUCGAACAACUCCCAGAGCACAUAAGACACUGGACACCCAGGCUGACCCCGCCCCACCCCCUCCCGCAGACCCUCCUCCCCGCCAGCAGAAUGUGCUCCUUGAAGGAAGGAGCACCUGCAAUGAGAUGGGACCUACCUGCCAGUUUCGGAGGCCCUUAUGCCCACCGAUACACCAAAGGUCCCCGAGCCAGGGCCGGGCGCCCGGGCAUGCACCAGCCCUAA